UCCCUUGCAGACCAGACUGAGCCGCGGGAGGACCAAGGAGAGGGGCGGAAAAGGCCGCUGCCGCCAGAAGCUGAGCGCACGGGGAGGGAAAGCCCCAGCGCAGCAGCAGCACAAGCGGCUGCAGGCGCGCUGGAGGUUCACCAAAGACCAGCAGCCCAGCGGGCACGGCCUGUCAGCCAUGAGACGGCUCUUACUGGUGAUUAUCCUGGCUGCUGGUGUGAUGUAUGUUAUACUGCACUGCAAUCUAUGGAGGACAAACGGCAACUGGUUACCUCCUUUAGAUAUAGAAAGAAAGGAGGAACUAAUAAAUUGUGCUUUCAAAUCCAAUAUUUCAACCUUAUUAAAUGUAAAUAAACUAUAUCCCUUCCUGUGCACUGAAAAUUUUCUGGAAGAAUCAAAGUUCCAUGGAAGCGUUAGGACUGAACUACCUUAUGGAGUAAAGAAAGCAGAAAGGUAUUUUCAACUGGCGCUUUCAAGACUGCAGAACUGUGAGCUGUUCAGUGAAGAUGAUGGUUCAUUUUGCAAAAAAUGUGUGGUUGUUGGCAAUGGAGGUGUCCUUCGAAACAGGAGUCUAGGAGAGACAAUUGAUUCCUAUGAUGUGGUAAUCAGAAUGAAUAAUGGCCCUGUUAUUGGCUAUGAAGAUGAUGUUGGAAGGAGGACAACGUUCCGGCUUUUUUAUCCGGAGUCUGUUUUUUCAGAUCCAGUUCAUUAUGAUCCUAAUACAACUGCAGUCCUGGUUGUCUUCAAACCUCAAGACUUAAAGUGGCUUUGGGACCUAUUAAGUGGCCAACGUUUAAUUAGAACAAAUGCCUUUUGGAAGAAACCAGCAAUGAAAAUGAUAUACAAAUCAAACCAAAUCAGAAUUCUUGACCCAGCCAUUACCAGAAGAGCAGCGCACGAAUGGCUUCAUUUGCCCACAAAGUUUGCGAAACAGGAGAAACCAAAGCAUCCCACAACAGGGUUAAUUGCCAUUACUUUUGCAUUACAUAUAUGCAGUGAAGUCCACCUGGCAGGCUUCAAGUACAACUUCAGUGACCGAAACAGCUCCUUGCACUAUUAUGGCAAUGAUACCAUGUCUCUGAUGAUUCAGAAUGGAUACCAUGAUAUUCCUGCUGAACAAAGGCUUUUGAAGGAACUCAUAGACCACAACAUUGUGAUCAACUUAACAGAAGAAUAAGAAUGGAAGAGCAAUUACUAUUCUUGACAAGAUUGAUUUUUUGCAUUUUUUUCAUCUGGACACAUUUAUUUUUUUAAAUGUUUAUAGUUGCCAAGAUAUUUAAGGAGAAGCAUAUGGAAGCCAUGCUAUGCAUGUCUCCCAGAUGUAACAAACGUAGCAGAAUGUCCUGCCUUGACUGUUAAUAUUUGAUUGACAAGAACUUGCACAGUUAACUAUUACAUGUGAAUUAAGCAAGCAGACUGUCCAUCAGCUGGAUUGUGAAUUAAGCAAGCAGACUGUCCAGCCCACUCCGACUUUACUUUUUCUUGAGCAAUCAUUUAGUCAGCACUCAGGCCUUUGGAAAGUUUCCGUCCCUCUGUUCAGAUUUGACAAUGGAUCGAAAAAGGAAGGCUUAGAGAAAGUAAAGCAUGCUGGAAAGUCUUGUAAGCAGGAUAUCAUGCAUGAUGUUUUGAAGAAUGCUAAACUCACUGCCUUUUCCAAGAAGACAAUGCAGCCAUAAGGAGAGGCAGAGUGGUAGUUAGACUACAGCCGGGUGAUCCAGAUUCAAAUCUCCACUCUGCCAUGGAAGCUCGCUGGGUGACCUUGGGCCAGUCACUCUCUUUCAACCUACCCGGCCUCACAGGGUGAUGGUUGUGAGAAUAAAAUGGAAGAGAGGAGAAAAUCUGAGUAUAAAUAUAAGUACUUGCAAAUCAGUUGCUCGUGCUAAAGCUGAUUAGCAUCAAUGGUCAAAUACUGAUAAUAUGAAUCUUUUAUCAUGUUAAAAGUUCAUAUUAGCAAAAUAAGUCUCCUUUUAAUUAAUAGAACUGCGGGUAAAGUUAGAGCAAUUGAGUUAUUGGGAAAUCAUGUUCUGGGAACACUUUAUAAUGGCUUUGAAACGGCUACAUUUCCAUCUAAGUUCAGAUCAGUUUCAUUAGAUAGUUCAUUUUUAUCCUGCUGCUUAUUCCAAGGAGCUUAGGGUGGUGUGCAUGAUUCUUUCCUUCAUUUUAUCCUCACAACAACCCUGUGGGGUAGGUUAGGCCAAAACAGAGUAACUGGCCCAAGGUCACCUAGUCUGCAGCAUGGCUGUGAUUUGCAUGAGUGUGUUAAUGCAGAUCUCUCUAAGGGGCUGCAGUGGCUGCUUGAAGCAUAAUCUGGAACACCACUCCUCCCCCAGCACAUCUAGUUUUCAGUGUUUCCAGUACCUCGGAUGUUCAUUGCAGGCAGUCAAUAGUUAAGAACAUCACAAGGACCUAUAAAAAUCGAACAGGUUUUUGUGUGUAAAGAGAACCCACCCCUCCUCCUAAAUUCUGUGCUGUCUAGGCACAAGGCUAAAGUUUCUAGCAAGGAAAGGAAACCUGAGAGCAGAGGUGUUCUUUAAAUGUUGAACCAAUGGGGUGAUUUGUUUUCAUAGUUUCAUAUCCAAAAUCUGUUUCAACAAUUUAGCCAGGAUUUAAAAUUUAUAGAAUCCAUACUAUAAGGUUGCUCCCGAUGGACUUUCCAUCUAAUAAAUAGAUUUUAAUAGCUUCAAAGUGUGGGGAAACUGAACAGAUCUGGCCCUCACCUGCCCAGUGUUGUACAAGUACUUAUCUUUGUUGCUCUGAGUCCCAUCUGAUUGGCAACUUAGGCCAGGUAACCAAACAAUUGCAACCACAGCAUGGAGGAAGAUGCAUUUGCUAAAUUUCAAUCUUCAGAGCUAUUUAAGGAUCAAGAGAACCAAUCUGGAAUUCAAUAUCACAGGGUAUAUAUGUAUUACAGAAAGUCACAUGAUCUUCACCAACACUUAUCAGUUGUGUGGAAAUUAACAUAAAAUACGGUCAAUGUAAUGCAAUAUAUUUUCUAGAGUUGUCUAAAUAUUAAGGGUUAUAGUCUACCAUCCCACUCUAUUAUUUGUAUUUCCUCCAUAAUGGACAUGGCACUCUACUGCACAGCCCACUCCUCUGGCACUUGCUGCUUCUCAGCUCAUUCAAAAAUGCAAGUCCUGCAUGGAUGGAAGUUCCCAGCAGAAAACUACCCUUAUGAUGAAGAAGGAUGUUGUGAAAGUGGAAGGUAGGCUUACCACCCAGGGCCAUGUAUCCGAUUCCUUUACACUACCAAUCUUUGAGACACCCAGAAUAUAUUCCAAAGUUUAGCAGGUGAUAUUCUUUUCAAUCAUGGAGAUAAAAUUAUGGGCAAAGUCUCACCGGUUUAAUUUCUGCAUGCUGGGUGCUGCUCAGGAGCAGAGUCAAUUUUUAAAAAGGUGGCAACCUUGUAACUGCUUGGCCUGUGGUUGUUUUGCAGCAGUGAAUCAGUAAAGAAAGGCCAGUAGGAAGCUAGGAUCCUUACAAGAUCACAUUCAGAAAAGCCAGGCUAAUAAAGAUUUCUUACAUGUGUAGAUUGACUUGUUCAAUUUUUUUUAAAAAAGUAUUAAAUAUUACCUCUGAGCUGACUGUUAAUUUGUAGUCCAUGGAGUAUUCUGAGAACACAUUCUCUAACUCUCUUCUUCUGCAGCACCCACUUAGACACUCUGUUGUUUGCAAAUGCAAUAGGUGUAGGUAAGUCAAAUAUAAAGAUUCUUUCAGAGGAAGAUUGAUCUUAAAUUCUAGAGAAACUCCUGGAUCAAUUUUAUUUUCAGUUUUCAUAUCAGUUUAAAGUUUCUUAACAGGUUUAAGCCCUUUUCAUUUACUACAUUUUGGCACUCCCACUUUAUGUGUUGGAAGGAAGCACUUUAUGCGAUCCUCUCAAUGCAUGCUAUUGCCGUCUUGUGUCAGUAAGGAAACAAAUAUAGUUUUCAGCUUCAGUAGGUAGUAGCAGAAACCCAGAUUUGUUGAACAUACUAGCGCCUUUAAAAUAUUAGUGUUGCCCUAUUUGCACAAAGUGGUGAUUGUAUCAGGUGGUACACAAGGCAGGAGCACAAAAAAAAUGACAAAGGACUUUUCUUACUUUGUUUUAUCCUUUUCCACUGUUGUUUCUGUUGUUUGCUAGUUUUUCUAUAUUUUUGAUACAAAGUGUAGAUUAAGCUUAUAAUUUAUUGGACAGGAAUUGAUAAUGAUCAUAAUUACAAUAAGCUUAUGUUCCCUACCGGGUUGUUUCUUAUCUCUGAUAAACGUAAUACCAAUAUACAUUUUUGUAUAUACCCGAAUCAAUCAAAAACAAAAGGAUUCUAAAUAAUAUAUAUGAAAAACAUAUAUUCUAACAGUCUUCAGACAAUUACAUAGAUCCAUGCAACAAUAAUAUCAUAUUACAAAAGCCAUAAGAAUCAAAUAGGCAUCCCUAUACAAGCAUGCAGAACCAUAUAUCACAAGUACCCUGGGCUCAACACUUCUCUUGACUUCUUCAUCAGGCUUGGUAGCAUAUUAUUAGAUGACCAUCUUGUUGAUUCACAGAUGAAGAACCCAAAUGUAUACAAUUGGUAACUCCAAUACUAAGGAUCAGAGGACAGCGAAAUCUUCUUUAAAUACCUCAUUAAAUCCUGAGGAAGAAGGAAAAAAAAUCCUACUUGUGCCAUAAACUCUUCUAAGACCUCCAGCCUCUUUUGAGGCUGAUUCUGGAAUAUUAAUGUGUAUUCAGUUCCUACGGUAUUAGUUAUUUAUUGAUAGUUAAUUGAUAAUUGAUUAAUAAUUGAUCAUUAUGGUAGUACAUAGAUAUGUCUGAUUGUAUGAAGAUUGUUAGAAUGUAUUUUUUAUAUUUAUUGUUUAGAGUUCUUUGUGUUUUCAUGUUCGCUAUACAAGUUUCCUAGAGGACCUACUCCUUUCUUCCUUUGUUUUUGUAUACCCCUAAUAGGCAGUAGAAAGAAAUGGGGAAGGCUGAAAAGAGAAAUCUGUGAAGGAAAAUUACCCACAUAUUAUCAGAACUCUAUAUUGAUCCACAACCAUUUCACCUAUAAAAAGUGAGAAUGUAUUACUUUGAAUAUAUACCUAAGUACACUUACAAGCCAAAUUUACAUCUUUACAUUAAAAUACAGCACUGAUUUAAGGCAGUUUGUUGACAUGUCUGUUCACAGAUGACUGCCUUGACUUAUCUCUCAUUUGUCUUGUUCUGCAAGUUGCCUAUUCCGAGCCACUCUCUAGAAUUCUGCUUUUUUUCAAUACUGCAUUAACUCUGUGGGUCUCACAGUUAUGCAAGUAAUCUCAGCAGUAGUAUCCAGUAUCAAUCUGCUGAGUUUUUCAUUCCUCCAGAUAUAAAAAAAAAAUCAGAAGGUUUCCUUCAGGCCCCACCUUGAGUGCUGUUUCAGUGUGUGCUUUCUAGGACUCAGGGCUAGCCAGCUAGCUGCUACAGCAUCAGCCCCUAGUGUAAUCAAGGAAGUACUGCACCAAAACAGAUUUAACUUUAAUCCUCCUAUCACUGAAGGUUUUAAAUCUGAGUUUUAAGACGAUGGCUUUAACUGUGCCAUUUUCUGGAAGUAUAUUUUCAAAACUGGUUUGAUAAUUUAGGAGAAUCCUGGAAUAUGUGAGGGGGGUGGGAAACCCUACAUUUCAGAUUUUCAGCCUUGAAUUUUUUUCAGGAUUUGGGGUCUGAUGAACUAAUAUUGAAUAUGUGCAUGUCAAGCAAUGUGUCAUCUAAAAUUCAUUAGCUUCAUUUUGGAGAGGGGGUAAAUGUGAUUAUUACCUUCUCUUUUAUGUCCCCCAAAGGUAUCUUAAUUUUCUUAACAUUUAACAUGUCCUUUCUCUCUCUCUCUCUCUCUUUCUCUCUCUGUGUGUACACUAUGUUUAUGGGGAAAAUGUUUCUUGAUAAAUAUAAAUAACUAUGGCUCUUCAGUUUUGUGUUUGUCUUUGGCCUAUUAUUGUUUGUUUAAAGUUAUGAAUUUAAAGAGACUUAUUUUUUCUACAAUAAACAUGUAA